AUGGCUCCGAAAUCACGUCAAGCCGCUGAGGCGCCCCAAAGUAAGCGGACACAACCUGCUCGGCCUGGGACGUCCAAAAGUUCAAAGACGGCACCUUCGAAGGCUGCCGGUUCCAAGGCCAAGGGCGAUGCAAUUCAAUAUUUCUCCAAUGAGGAAUUGGGUCCGUAUGGUCUUCUCUGGGAGCAGGAUAUUGCGACGGCGCUUGCCAGGAAACAGCCAGGGGAUCCGAUACAUGACGAUCAAAAGGUCAUUGAUUGGCUUCAGAAGACAGGAAAAUGCAGAAUCCAACCCCCAAAUCAUGCCUUCGAUCGGAUGUUCCCAACAUACGCAGCGAAGUUUGGUUUCAGACGGGUCCAUUCUGUCCCACCAUCCGAAGGAGAAGACGAGCUGGAUGACGAUGAUCAAUUGGAUCUGGAGCAAGCAAGUCCAAGUCUCGAAGCGCCACAAGCUGCUCUUUCAAGCCCUUCUACCGUUCGCACGAAAAGGCCAUCUUCCGCCCCUCAUUCGGAUCCUCAACCUGUGAAGGCUCCACGAACGUCAAACGAGUCGGCACCCAAUCGUCAAAUGAGAGGGGACGAACGACUCAGCAUGCUCGGUACGACUUCGACAGCACGGGUAGAUGUCGAUUUCCCAAUGUUUGACAAUCUUGUCUCCACCAAAGCCUCCGAAUCUCCUCAAGACCCCCCCACACCUUCACCCCUCCCCGCAUCCGCUCACAAUCUCCAAAAGUCUCCUCCACUGGAUUCGUCUAGUAGAUCUGCUUCGAAUGACGUUCGGCCUGCUAAGACUGGUGACCGCGCUAGAGCCUUUCUGGAACAGAUGAAGAAACGCAGCUCCUCGCCUCAAUCCUUCCAGCCCUCGAAUCCUCAAAGUGUCGUGAUACCUCCCAGCAAUCAGUCUGCUCCCGCUCCUACUCCGUUCGCAUCCAAAUCCGGCCUCCAUGUUAUUAAUCCCGCCAAAGCCAUGUUCAAGCCUGGAUUGACCGAACCAUCUCGAUUGGCAGAACACAAAGACGCCCAAACCGCAGCAAUUCCUCCAGAACCAACUUCGAUUCCGUUGAUCAAGGAUCACGUCACCAAAUGGACAGAGCUGAACAAGGAGAGGAAAGAAAGCGUUGUGACACUCAAAGCACAGUUACAAGCGUUCAGUGCCAAAGUGGAACAACACUCGUCUGGCCUGAUUGCAGCUGGCGAUCAGCAGCUCGCACUGUUCGAGGAUGUUUUGGGGGCCAUCGAACCGCUGGCAAAGGAGAACAGCAACCUUGUUGCCCGUUCGAAGGAGCUAGAGGGGCAGAUAUCUGGGUUUGAGUCUAGACUUGUGGCAUACGCGGACAAAGAUGCUGAGAGGCAGAAGGAACUGGAGAUGGUGGAGAAGAGUCUGGUCGAGGUCAAACAGCAGUUGGAACAGUGUCAGGGACAACGCGACGCAGCGGAAAAUUGUCAUAUCAACGCCGUUCGAGAGCGUCAAGCUGCUGUCGAACAGCGCGACAAGGCGUUCGAGAGUGUACGACAAGCAGAUUUGAAAACCUCUGCAGCCGAACGCAUCUCUUCUGAGGCUGCAGCAGCGGUAGAAGAUGCUCUCGCCAGAGCUACGGAGUCUGAAAGGCUGCAAGCCGAGGUAGACAACGAGCUGAAGGUCAUUCGAGCCCUUUCAGAUGCUCAGUCGGCUGAGAUCACUUCCCUCAAGCGGCAGGCUCAACAACUGCAGGGCGGCCUGCCACCUCCUCCAUUGCCACCGACCAUCAUCCAAGCUGGCUCACCUUCAGCUCUCAAACCGCUUCCCCCUAUUCUCAAGCCGAUCACUCAAGAGGAGAACAAGAAGCCAGGGCGAGCCAAAUCAAUUCCCCUGUAA